CUACGUCUGACGUAGCAGGAAGUAGCACAGGCGGCUAAACGGUUAGCAUAAAGAACUGGAGGGAAAAGAAUCGACCACUGAGCGUGUUUUACUUUUUAUUUUUUCAAAGCUGGAACAAAGCCGACAUUUCUGCACACGCACCAAUCCAGGAUUAGACCAUGAGUCAGCGAAGGAAAGUAGCCACCUCACCAAAACCAGACAGCAGCGACUCCUCUGGGGUCGGCAGGAAGCACAGCAUCUGCAUGGUGUCGGACUUUUUCUACCCAAACAUGGGCGGAGUUGAAAGUCACAUUUAUCAGCUGUCGCAGUGUCUGAUUGAAAAGGGACACAAGGUGGUGGUCGUCACGCAUGCGUACGGCAGGAGGAAGGGCGUCAGGUAUCUGACUCACGGACUCAAGGUCUACUACCUGCCCCUGCAAGUCAUGUACAACCAGUCCACGGCCACCACCUGCUUCCACAGCCUCCCCCUGCUCCGCUGCGUCUUCGUCAGGGAGCGCAUCACUGUGGUUCACGCUCACAGCUCCUUCUCUGCCAUGGCCCAUGAUGCACUUUUCCACGCCAAAACCAUGGGCCUGAACACAGUGUUCACUGACCACUCACUUUUUGGUUUUGCUGACUUGAGCUCCGUGUUGACCAACAAGCUCUUGACGGUGUCUCUGUGCGACACCAACCACAUAGUGUGUGUGUCCUACACCAGUAAGGAGAACACCGUUCUGCGGGGAACGCUGCAGCCAGAGAUCGUGUCCGUCAUUCCCAACGCCGUCGACCCCACAGACUUCACGCCCGACCCGUCUCAGCGACAGAAGGACAGGAUAACCAUCGUCGUCGUCAGCCGCCUCGUCUACCGAAAAGGUAUUGAUCUUCUUGGUGGAAUAAUCCCGGAUCUGUGUCUCAAACACCCCGAUCUGCAUUUCCUGAUUGGUGGAGAAGGUCCUAAGAGGAUCGUACUGGAGGAGGUGCGGGAGAAAUACCAGCUACAUGACAGGGUGCGUCUGCUCGGGGCUUUGGAGCACAAAGACGUGCGCGGCGUCCUCGUCCAGGGCCACAUUUUCCUGAACACGUCGCUGACCGAAGCGUUCUGCAUGGCCAUCGUGGAAGGAGCCAGCUGCGGACUGCAGGUUGUCAGCACUCGUGUUGGCGGCAUUCCCGAGGUGUUACCCGAGGAUUUGAUCACGCUUUGCGAGCCAACAGUGCGGUCGCUUUGUGCCGGUCUGGAAGCCGUCAUCGCCAAGGAGCGAUCCGGCUCCGUUCCCGCCCCGGCCUCCAUCCACGCUCGAGUGAAAAACCUCUACACCUGGAGAAACGUUGCAGAGAGGACGGAGAAGGUGUACGACAGGGUGGCGGCAGAGGAGGUCCUCCCCCUGGACAGGAGGCUGCGGAGGCUCAGGUCCCACUGCGGCCCGGUGGCCGGCUCCAUCUUCGCCUUCGUGGCCGUCUUGGACUUCCUUUUCCUGCUGCUGCUGCAGUGGUUGGCGCCGUGUGAGCUCAUGGACGCCGCCGUGGACGCCAGCGGCCCUCGCGGCCUCUGGAGGCAAGACGCCUGUUUCAAAAAAGCAGCGAAGAAGACAGACGAACAAACCUGAUCUCCGCGAUCACUCGCUCACCUUUAGCUCCUGCUGCUUUGGGUCGUAAAGCUGCCAACAGACAUUUGAAACCGCACUACAGUGACUGUGCUUCUGACGCCUCCUCAGCUUCUGUUACAGAGCACAGCUCAUGUCUGAAUGUUUCGAUGACGCACACUCCUUCACUAUUUUUAAGCACUUUCCACAUUUGUUGCAGUUUAAAUGGAAAUGAAUGGUUGGAAACAGAACUACUGUAUUAUUACCAUGUUUUUAGUUUUAGCCAAUUAAAUUCACUGUAUUUAUAAAGCUCUAAAUGACAGAAUAAAUGGAUUUGUAUUAUCUUUAUUUUUCACUGUUUUUGUACGAUGGGAUCCGGGACGUCUAUCAUAAAAAUAAAUCUUUAAACUGUU